AUGCAUUUCCCUCCAAUAGCUCCGCCGCCGUCUCCGUCCCAACCCAUACAACCGACGCCAAGCCAUACAAAGCCAAAGCCUUUUAGCGACGACUGGUUUAAGCCUUUCGUCUCAUUUCGACCCGUUUUAGACGCAACCGAUGGCCAGACGAGCGACGGAUUGCCCUAUUUAUGCGGCUCUGGUUUUAUAGUACAUGAAAGCGGAUUUGUUUUAACAAACAGACGAAAUAUGAAUCGAUUUGUCAAAUAUAUGGUCAGAUUAAGCGAUGGCCGGGAAGUGUUGGGCAUAUUAUGGCGACACAGCCUUGUAUUCGAUGUGGCGUUCAUUAGAUUGACGGGCAAUCGACACGACUGGCCAGUGGUGUCCAUCGCCGACAUGAAUACGGUUAAGCCGUGCGAUCGGGUGCUAGCGGUGGGCAAUCCACGGCUCGGCCUCCAUAACGGCCUCAGCGAAGGUGUGGUCACUUUUGCCAACAUAAAGGGCACCGAAGUCAGUAAUAUCCGCGCCGACGACCCAGCGUUGCAUAAUCUGAAUUACACGCACCACACGGCACAAGUGGCCAACACUGAUGUGGGCAGCGCUUUGGUCACCACCGAUGGCGAUGUGAUCGGUUUGAAUAUGAUUAAUGUCGAUCUCGGCUAUACUAUUGCCUAUCAAAUGAGAUAUUUUGCAGGCUUAAUCAUGCAAUUGCCUACCUUUCACGGCGUUAGGCCCGCGUUUGGUGCGAUUGCCUAUUGGCUGACCGCUGAAUUGAGGGAUGAAUUAAGAAACAAAUCCAAUAUCCCUUCCAAUCAGAUACCCGAUGGACCCGGAAUUGUCAUUUGGCAUCUCAUCGAUUAUGAUAAUUAUCAAAUGUUUGGUCUCGAGAGGUAUGACAUCAUAACCGCCAUCAAUGGUCACGACGUGCGAGAGAUUGACGACUUGUAUCGAGCGGUCGAUCAAUAUAUGGAGAGCCGAGAAAUAAGUCUAACAAUUGCGGGAAAGACAACAAAAGAUAUCGUGGAUCCGCUGCCGACCGGACCGUCCACUUCAGAGCCAUUCACUUUUGUUUAA